AUGCCGGGUCCGAUGCACACCGAGUGCAGCUUCGUCCUUGUGGACCGGGAGUUCCAGGUGAGCUUCCACUUGCCGGAUGGCCAGGUGCAGGAGCGGACUUAUGGAACGAUCCCGAGCUACAGCAUCUUGUGGCAACAGGUGCACAAGUGGGUCGAAAAGACCUCUUUCACAAUUUCCCUGGACGACGUUGUCCUGACGAACAAGAACACCGCCUCCCAGCUCAGGGAGGUCGUUGGGGUUCAGGACGAGGCCGGCAGCCAGCUCGCAGCACACCUCACUGUGGCCUGGCGGCCUUCGGCCGACGCCGAGGAGGAGCAGCCCGCGGAGAAGGCCGUGGCGACCUGCGCAGCAAACGUCAGGCCAGCGGAGCCGCAGCCGAGCUCGAGGCCGCCGUGGGCCGCACUUCUGGGCCUUGGCGCCUUGGGCGCCGCCUUCGGCGCCCUGGGCCUGGCCAAGCUGCUCCGAUGGCGCUCCGAGUUCCGGGCCCUGAAAGAGGGCCAGGACUCGUUGGAGCGGAGCAACCGGCAGCUCCUGGACAGCAAAAACGAGGCCUUGCGGGUGAAGGAGUCGGCGGAGCGGAGGCUCCGGGAGUCCGAGCAGAACAACCGGGCUCUCACGCAGAGGACCGCGCGGCUGCAGGAUGAGAAGGAGGAGAAGGAGGCGUUGCUCCAAGACGUCGUGAAGCAAAGGAAGAUCGAGGCCCUGGGCGAGAGCGUCAAGCGCUACCAGGACGUCGACUUGCUCUUCAUGGUGGACUGCACUGGCUCCAUGCAGCCCUACAUCGAUCAGGUGAAGGGCACCAUCCACCACAUGGUCCGACGCCUGAAGAGCGCCUACCCGAAGUUGAAGUUGCGUGUGGGGUUCCUGGGCUAUCGAGACGUGCGCGACGCACGCCAGUUCGAGGUCUUGGACUUCACAGACGAUGUGGAGGCCUUCGCGCGACGUGUCGCGAAUGUCUUCGCCAGAGGGGGCGCCGACGACGCAGAAGACGUGGCGGGCGCCCUGCGCAAGGCCGUAGGCUUUGGCUGGCGGAGGCACGUGCGGGUCCUGUUCCACAUUGCGGACAUGCCCUGCCACGGCCGCGAAUAUCACGGCGACCAAGUGACGGACAACCACCCAAGCGGAGUCGGGAUUUCCAUACCGCAGCAGUUGCUGCGGCUGCGCUCACAGAAGGUGAACUACUAUUUCGGGCGCAUCAAAGAGCAUACUGACAAGAUGAUCAGGGUCUUCAACGAGCAAGUGCACCAGUCAGGGUCGGAGCCCUUUGUCAAGAUGGUGGCCAUCGACAACCCCCUGGACGUGCAGGAGGCCGUGGUACGGUCCGUCUGCACAUCCAUCGACCUGUCGAGUUCGCCGCCAAAAACAUUCAAAAAGGAGCUGGAGCUCGUGCUGUCUCCCGAGCAGCCCGAGUGGCAUCUCCUUGAAGCAAGGCCUUGCCGCCGCGGUCGCCGACUCUCCUGGGAGGUGCCCAGCUGCCUGGCAGACUGCGGGGCCCCCCUCGGCGCGGCGCGCGCCGCCGCCGCGGACUUCGUGGUGCAUUCGGAGCCCUUCGCCCAGGGCAUGUCGCGGCGCUGCUUCUGGGGCCUCCACCGGCGCCGCAAGAAGGAGCCCUGGACCCGGGCGGUCUUCAAGCAGUUCCGCAAGGGCCCGGAGAAAGGCCGCCACGACGACUACGAGGCGGAGGUGGAGAAGGCUCUGGUGGCCGAGUUCUUUGCCCGGAAGUACAGCCGGCGCUGCAAGCCAACGCGCAAGAUCCGAGUCCUGGUCCCCGACGUCAUCGAGGACAAGGAGGGCAGAGCCUACUGCGUCGAGGAAGUUCUGCCAAGGGGGUUCGUGAAGUACAACGACAACAAGGCUUCCUGGGAUCCGAAGGUCUACGACCCCGUCCUGGGCGACUUCUGCAGGUGGACCUACGAAUUCUCAGCGGGCGCCUUUAUGGUGGUUGACCUCCAGGGAGUCUCAAACGACGAGGAGUUCAUACUGACAGAUCCCGCCAUACUUCAUUCGGACGUCCGGAGAUUUGGCAGCACCAACACAGGGCCUGAGUUCAUGCGACAAACUUUGGAAAGUAUCCCCCAGCUGCUCUCCAAGCUUUAG